AUGAAUUCAAGUUAGAGGCAACCAAGAAGUCGCAUCUUUGAUGUUGACUCAUAAAGGCCAUCUGAUAGAUCUAAUACUCCUACAAGAGCCUUAUCACCACUUCAACCCUCUUAACAUAUUUAACCGUAAUAAUAACCACAAUAAUAAUAACCAAUCCCAACAUUUCAACCAUAAAAGUUAAAGCAUAUUCUAUACAAUGCAUAACAAAGUACUCCCAUCGUUAGUUGCCAUUACCAUCCAGACCAAUUCAUAUAAAACUUUUGCAAAAAUUCUGAUUGCUUAUUACCACUUUGUCCUAUGUGUGUUACCAUCCAUUAGGAUGAUCAUUUGGGAUAAGACUAUGCUCCCCAUUUUGAUUUACUUGGCUAUUGUCUUGGUGAGCAAUAUAAUAAAAUCGUUGACAUCUGCAAUAUGUUGGGAGAAGACAUUGAGGAUGUAGUAGAAUUAAGGAAUCUAGUUAAAAAUCAUAGAGAAGCUUAGAAAAAAAAAUUCUUAGAUGCAAAAGAACAAUUUUAUAAGGCAAUCGAUACCUUUAUGUAAAAUCUAGAAAACAAUCUCAAUUCUCAAUCAAUCAAGCAAACUGAUCAAUUACUCAAUGAAAUCAAUCAAUUUCAUAGGUUAGCCUAUGAUAGAUGGAAUAAUAUGUAAGGAAGACUAUAGAAAUUGAAUUCUGAGAAAUGCUUAAAAACACUCAUAAAAUCUUACAAAUAAAGCAGACCAGAAGAUAUCUAUUCACGAUAACAUGAAAUGACUAUAUCAUUUGUAGAUUAAGUCAAAAAUGAGUUAGAUCAAGUGGAAAUAAGACCAUCUUAAUUACAAAUCAUUCUAGAUUAAUUACAAUCCUAUAUAUUCAUAUCAAGAGAUUAAGUUAAAUAGCCCAAAUAAGUUUCACCAAUCAAACAACAAUAACAAUAAUAACCAAUCAUUAGAAGAGUUGUGCAUGAGAGACCAAGCAGUCAACAAAAUCAUCAUGCUUCUAACUCUCCCAUUCCAACUAGAGUUCUCCAAGGGUUCCCAAUACUCUAAAAGUUCAAUCCUAUAACUGCAAUUGAAACUAUGAAUAUGCCUUAGUUACCACCACUUCCUUCAGGAUUUCCUUCCUUAUUGCCAUUCCCAAACCAACAAUUCAACUUCCAACCAUAAUAUGCUUAAUCAAUGAUGUUGCCUAAUUAAUAGUUCCUCCCAUAACAACUUCAUACUAUGCCCUUGCCCUUCCAAUCAUAACAUCCUUAUCAAAAUCCCCCUUAGUUACUUAAGCAAUAAUAGUUACAACCCCCUCCUUAGCAAUUUAUAUAGCCACUCUAAUAAUAAACAGCACUUCCAGUUCAAUAAUAAAAUCAACCUCUUGCUUAAAUCAAUCUUAACCAACAGGAUAAACCAGGAGAAGUUAUUGACUUAAAAACUACCAAAAAUCCCCUCAAAAUGGCAGAAUAAUACCACAAUAAAUUGUUCAAUUCAGGCGAAUGA